AAAAAAAAUAUAUCCAACUGGCUCCAAUAUGCAGAGAACAUGUUUCACAAAAAUCUCUAAACUCCUUAAACAAUGACUUUCAUCGUUUUCAAAGUAAUGGAGGAAAUUUGAAAAAUGCUAAAUUUUUUAACAAUGUGAUUAAUGAAACGCUAUUUAACAUUCCUCUAGACCAGGUUGCUGUACCUGCUUUACAUAUAUCUUUGGGUACCUAUUUAAAGUUUUUUAAGAUGUUUGAAGACGAAUGCCACUUAAUAGAUAUAAAACUUGCAGGAGAACUUGCUUUAAAAGAUAAUAUGAUUGGUAAAGUUGAUUUUGACAAAUAUGUUAACAUGCAUAUCCAAUCCAAUCUUGUAAAAAGUGUUAUUGAAGACUGUGACAAUAAAAUAGCACUUCUACAAGAUACAAUAUCUGUAAAAGUUUUAUGUGAGCCAGAUAAAACGGAAGAAAUAAGGAACUUAUAUACACCAAGAAUAAUACACUAUGAUUUAAUAAAAAACGAUAAGAUAAAAGAAUUAAUUUCUUUAAAUGAAGCAAACGUUCUUGAUAAAACUUCAGGUCCUUGCAUUCAACAACUUGAUGAGGUGUUGAAGGCUAAUAAAGUAGAAAGACAAGCUUAUCAUGGAAAAUGCUUUGUUGGAAACCAUGUUCACACAAUGCUUAAGCUUCAACCAUUGCUAGAUUUGUGCAAUUCUGUUCCAAAACUAAUUUCAACUCUUGGUUUUAGUGGCACUGAUGUUCAUUUGUUAUCAAUUAAUGUGAGCCAGAAAUUUAAGAAGUUAUUUCUUUAUUAUUCAAAAUGUCACAAUUCCAUGAACAGCUCGCAAUCGUUUCAAGAUAAUGAUAUUCGGGAACUAGAGUAA